AUGCAGGCAUUAUUUUAUUCAGCUUUACGCUGCUCUCGUGAGAUGCUGAUAGUGAAUGAUACAACCAGGGAUCUGGUGGCUGCUGUUAGUAAUCGCCUGAGUGCACUCUCCUUUCACAUGAGAGAGUAUUAUUGGGUUGACAUAAAGAAGAUUAAUGAAAUUUAUCGGUACAAGACUGAAGAGUAUUCUACUGAUGCUGUCAACAAGUUUAACAUUUAUCCUGAGCAAAUUCCUUCAUGGCUUGUGGACUGGAUAUCUGAGGAAGGUGGAUACUUCAUAGGCAAUCUGCAACCUGCUCAUAUGGACUUCAGGUUUUUCACACUCGGAAACCUUUGGGCCAUUGUCUCUUCUUUAGGCACAACAAGACAAAAUGAGGGCAUUUUGAAUUUAAUAGACGCCAAAUGGGAUGAUAUCAUUGGUCAAAUGCCUCUCAAAAUAUGUUAUCCAGCAUUAGAGGGUGAGGAAUGGUGUAUAAUCACUGGCUGUGACCCCAAGAACACGUAA